AUGGGUUUAGAAAGCAGUUUAAUGAAAGACCAGGAUGGAAAUGAUAUCUAAGAUUUUUAUGAGAUGCCUAAUGGUUGCAUUUGCUGCGCUGCUAAGGAUGAUUUAAUUAUAACUUUAGACACGUUGUUGGAGAAAAAACCUGAAUUAGAUUACAUUUUAGUCGAGACUAGUGGUUUAGCUGAUCCAUGCCAAGUGAUCUAAACAUUCUGGGUAGAUGAUGGGUUAAAUUCAAAGAUUGAACUGCUUCAGACUGUGGGUGUAAUUGACACUUUCAAUUUCAAUAAAAAAUUGGAGAGCACUCAUGUCCUAUAUGAUGAAUUGAAUAAACCCAUUGAAUUUACUGAGAAAGAUCUGCUUUACAGAUAAUUGAUUUAUGCUGACUAAAUAAUUCUUAAUAAAAUUGAUCUGAUAGGGGAAGAAAAAGAUGCAAUUUUAGAAAGAAUUAAGAAGAUUAUCAAUGCUCUAAACCCCUAAGUUAAAUACUUAGAGAGUACUUAUUCGCAGAUGCCUUUGGAUAAUUUGAUUUAAAUUGACACUAAAUAGCAAAUAAGAUAAAUAUAGGAUUAAAACUGUUGUCUAGACAGCCAUGAUCAUACUCAUAAUCAUGAAGAAGAGCAUAAAAAUAGUUCAUAAGAACACAUUCAUAGUCAUCAUAAGCAGAUAGAAAAUAUAGAUUCAGUAUAUUUUGAUCUUGAUGGCGAUAAAAUUGUGGAUAAGGACAGAUUAGAAUAAUUGUUUGGUGAGAUUUUAUGGGAAAAAAAUUAUUGUUAGAGAAUACUUAGAUGCAAGGGCACAUUUAUUGCCAAGAAUGAAGAUGGAGUUCUAACUGAGUUUAUUCUAUAAGGAGUUGAAGAAGUCUUUGAGUUCAGAGCGAUAUAAAAUAUAUAAACGCCAAGCGAUGAUAUUGGAUACAAAAAUAGAUUUUUGCUAAUUGGAUUGAAAGUUGAAGAAAAAGUUAUUGAAAAUAAACUUAAGGAAUGUUUAGUAUCUAAUUAAUGA